GAGGAGUUAAUCUGGUGCACAGUCAACGGGAAUAGUAGCUUGAUGAAAUCAGAAGUCUGAUAAUUUGGGGAAAAUAACUUCAUCUCAACGUUCUUUGUCUGAGCAGCAACGUGCGUAGUAAUACCAGACACACACAGAAUAUUAUACGUAGUUGCAGUACAAGUAUAUUCCUAAAGCAGGAUACAAGAAGACCAAGCUGGUCGCACUUCGCAGCUUCAAAUCUAAACUACUAUUCACCAUCAUUCUUAUCUGUCCGGCUCUUUAUAUUUACAGCGAGAUUUGGCGUAUAAAGAGGUGCAUUCAUUGUUCAAUUGAGGUUGUUAAGUUGGUUGAAAAUAUUUAUUGGAUAAUAGAGCAAGAAACAGACAAGUGGAGGUAUGAGCGGUUCGAAAGUGGAGGGGUCUUCUGCCCCUGUGCUUCGUAGAGAUCCGUACGAGGUAUUGAGUGUCUCAAGGGAUUCUUCUGAUCAGGAGAUUAAAACGGCUUACAGGAAGCUUGCUCUCAAGUAUCAUCCUGACAAAAAUGUCAACAAUCCUGAAGCCUCGGAAUUGUUCAAAGAGGUUGCAUAUUCCUACAGUAUAUUGUCUGCUCCAGAGAAAAGAAGGCAAUAUGACAAUUCUGGGUUUGAGGCUAUUGAUGCUGAUGGCAUGGAUAUGGAAAUUGAUUUAUCUAAUCUUGGAACUGUCAAUACUGUGUUUGCUGCAUUAUUCAGCAAGCUGGGUGUUCCUAUCAAGACUACUAUUUCUGCUAAUGUCCUUGAAGAAGCCAUGAAUGGAACCGUGACCGUCAGGCCCCUUCCAGUCGGAUCAUUAGUUAGUGGAAAGGUAGAAAAGCAAAGUGCCCACUUUUUCGGCGUUACUAUAAGUGAGGAACAAGCUGAGGCAGGGUUAGUUGUUAGAGUUACUUCAGCUGCACAAAGCAAGUUCAAGUUGCUAUACUUUGAACAUGAUGCCAAUGGAGGCUAUGGUUUGGCUUUACAGGAAGACAGUGAGAAGGCUGGCAAGGUGACAGCUGCAGGGAUGUACUUUUUACAUUUUCAAGUUUACAGAAUGGAUUCAACCGUAAAUGCGUUAGCAAUGGCCAAGGACCCUGAGGCUGCUUUCUUUAAAAGGUUGGAAGGCCUACAACCUUGUGAAGUCUCAGAAUUAAAAGCUGGCACUCACAUAUUUGCUGUCUAUGGCGACAACUUUUUUAAAACAGCUAGUUAUACAAUCGAAGCUCUUUGCACCAAGUCAUACGAGGAUACAACAGAGAAGCUCAAGGACAUUGAAGCUCAAAUCCUGAGAAAGAGAAAUGAGCUGCGCCAAUUUGAAACGGAAUACAGAAAGGCAUUGGCACGCUACCAAGAAGUGACUAACAGAUAUAGCCAAGAAAAGCAGUCUGUUGAUGAGCUACUGAAACAACGAGACAGCAUACAUUCCACAUUUACAGUUAACAAACCUGUUGUUCAGAGCACUUCCAGCGUUAGCAACAGUAGUAGUAGCAAUGCACCAGGUGAAGAUAUUAGGGAUGAGAGCCCCGGGGAUGAUGAGAAAGAUAAGUCUAGCAAAAAGAAAUGGUUCAACCUUGGUGGUUUGAAAGGAUCAGACAAAAAGGGCGGCUAAAUAUGAGUAAGUAAUUGAUCUUUUUAGAUAUUUGCCUAGCACUGAAAAGCUCUGGCUACGCUUUCUACCUGAUUGCCUGAACUUGUGGAUUUGUAUCUGCCAUUUGUCGUCACCUUCACAACUUCUCCUCCAAUCCUUCUAGUUUCUACUCAAAAAUAUAAUUUACAUCUGUAUUUCUGUUUAUUGUCAGAUUAUAGAAUACAGAAUUUAGUACACCUUGUGUGUUCUGUUUUUAUUAUUUUUUCAGUAAUAGAAAAAGAGAACUUCCUAGUGAUAAACUUAUUCACA